AUGUUUUGGUCACUUCUGUGCGUAAUGGUAGUCUUUUCUUCCGUGCCGGCAGAUGCGCAGAUCUCCACCCGGUAUGUUGUCGGAUGUCCUGCUCGGUGUGACAAGUCGAUGUGUCCCCGGAUACCGGCGUACUGCCCGGCGGGACAGAGCCUCGACGCCUGCCACUGCUGCACGGUGUGCGCGUCCGGCGAGGGCGAAGGCUGCGGCGGCUUGGGGAAGCUCGGGGACCCGGUGUGCGGAGAGGGGCUGGACUGCUCGAUCCCUGGCGGGGUGGGAUACAGUAUCACGGUGAGGAGGAGAAGCAAAAGUGGGACUUGCGUGUGCAAAACCACCGACCCGGUUUGUGGAAGCGAUGGGGUGUCCUACCGGAAUAUCUGCGAGCUGAAGAGGGUCAGCCGCCGCGCGCAGAAGCUGCAGCAGCCACCUGUCCUCUUCAUUCAGCGGGGAGCCUGCGGGAAAGGUCAUGAUAACCCAGACAGCCCAAGACACAAAUACAACUUCAUUGCCGACGUGGUGGAGAAAAUUGCUCCGGCUGUGGUUCACAUUGAACUCUUCCGCAAGAUGACCUAUUCCAAGCGAGAGGUGGCGGUGGCCAGUGGUUCUGGCUUCAUUGUGGCAGAAGAUGGCCAGAUUGUGACCAAUGCCCACGUCGUGGCCAAUAAGCAUCGAGUGAAAGUGGAGCUGAAGGGCGGUGGUACCUAUGAUGCCAAAAUCAAAGACGUAGAUGAGAAAUCAGACAUCGCCCUCAUCAAGAUCGAAGCACCGAACAAGCUUCAUGUCCUGCCGCUGGGCCGUUCAUCUGACCUGAGACCAGGGGAGUUUGUGGUUGCUAUCGGCAGCCCGUUUUCCCUCCAGAACACGGUUACCACGGGGAUCGUCAGCACCACUCAGCGAGAGGGGAGAGAGCUGGGCCUCCCCAACUCCGACAUGGAGUACAUUCAGACUGAUGCCAUCAUAAAUUACGGCAACUCUGGAGGGCCUCUGGUAAAUCUGGAUGGCGAGGUUAUUGGGAUCAACACGUUGAAAGUGACAGCUGGCAUCUCCUUUGCCAUCCCCUCCGACAAAAUUCGAGAGUUCCUGGCGGAGGCUUACGACAGGCUUCAAAGAGGAAGAGCCGGUGCCAAGAAGAAGUAUAUUGGUGUGAGGAUGAUGACUCUCACUCCAGCGCUGGCGAAAGAGCUGAAGACUAGACACCGUGACUUCCCUGACAUCACGUCUGGAGCGUACGUCAUGGAGGUCAUUGCAAAGACACCAGCUGCAACUGCUGGACUCAAAGAGCACGACGUCAUCAUCUCGAUCAACGGCCAGAGGAUCUCAUCAGCGACUGACGUCAGCGCCAUCAUCAAGAAGGAAAACACACUGAGAGUAGUUGUGCGCCGGGGAAAUGAGGACGCUAUCCUUACGGUUGUUCCAGUGGAGAUCGACCCCUGAUCCUCCACAAAUCACAGGAGCAGGAGCGAGGUUUUACUUAUCGCCAGUGGACCUUAUAUUGGAGAGGGGCUUCGACUGACACGCCCUCUCCCUGGUGCCAAAGGCCAGUGGUGCCACACAUCCAGAAAGAAAUCUGGCUAUGCCUUGAAAGAAACGACUGUACAGGUGCUCCAGAAGCAGUGCUGUACUCACGUGUGUGUUCACUUUUAGUCUUUAAUGCUUUGAUCAAUGCUAGUAUACUGUUUGGUCACAAACAUAACAAAUUGGUCAAUGGCAUACAGUUUUAAUGCGGUUUUAUUUCAUGUUUUGUGUCUUUUUUAAAUGGACUUUUGCUAGGUCAGGCCUUCCACUGCAAUUUUAAGCAAUCUGAGCAAAUCUGGUUUGUAUAGUUGUCAUUUUUAACUCCUUUUUUAAAGUACUGUAGAAUGUUUUUUGUUGAAUUUGUGAUGUAUACUGAGAAGAAAAUAAAGGGUUUUCCUUAUUUAGUUUUCAAACACUCUA